GAGAGAGAGCGAGAGAGAGAGUCUCUAAUAGUGUAAACACAACUAUGCAUGUGUGUGAGAGUAACAAGAGGCACAGUGGGGAAGACAAAAAAAGGUUGCCAAAUGUGUGCUAUUCGACUACAAACUGAAUGCAUAUGCGAGUGUGUGUGACAUAGUGUAAUCUCAUAUCUUAGAGAAUAGUUGUGUGUGUGUGUGUGUGUGUGUGGCCAGAAUGUUCUUGCUCUGUACUCUGGGGCGAUGGUUGGCCCUCCUGGCUCUGUGGUUGUGGUGCUGGGUGCGUUGUGGGCUGGACUGGGUCCUCACACGCCUGGCCUCACACAGACCAAUCUCACUGGACCUCCCAGACACCAAUCACGACUCAGAGCCCAGUGACAGCCAAUCCGAGGAGUGGAAGACUGACCAAUUGGCCAGGACCUACGGGUACCAUGACAACGCAACCAUGGUGGCUGUGCAGACAUGCACACACACUUUCUAUGUUGACUUAGAGCAGUUGGCUGAGUGUGGCGAGUAUUUCCACGCCCUGUCGCAGUCCAGCAUGAUCGAGACGAGUGAGCGGCGCAUCCUUCUGGAGCAUGUGCCCUCCGACGUCCUCCACAGCCUGCUGCACUUCCACUUCCUGGGACACUUCCACCCACCGCCGCCCCACCGCCUGCCCUCACACCUUCAGGUGAGCAGCUACCUGCUGUCGUCGGCCUACACCGCCCGCCUGCUCGCCCACCUGUCCACCCUGCUCACCCCGCUCACCUGCCCCGCCUACCUGGAGCUGUCGGAGACGCUGGGAUGCCCGGAGCUCCGCCACGCCCUGCUGCGUUACCUGAGCACCCAUCUCCUGGAGCUUCCCCACCUGAGCCGGCAGCUGGAGCCCCAGGAAAGAGCUCUGCUCCCUGGCCUGCGGUCCUCCGGCCGAGGCCCCCGCCUCUGCUUCCUGCGCAAGGAGAACCUGAGCACACGGAACGUGCUUGAAACCCUGACGGCACAGAGGGUGUUCUACCUGGAGGAGCAGGGCGGCUCGGUGAGGACGGAGGGCUGGCGGGAGCUGGCGGAGAUGCCGUUCGAGGCGGACAAGUGGUGCUUCACCACGGCCGUGCUCUUCAACUACCUCUUCCUGGUCGGGGGCUACCGGCGCCGCGUGGGCCGCGGCUACGAGUUCAAGAUGGCCUCCUUCCGCUACAACCCCCUCACCCAGCAGUGGGCCUCAGUGGCGCCCAUGAUCAAGCACAGGCGCCACUUCAGCGCGGUGGCGUGCGAGGGCUGUGUGUAUGCGGUGGGCGGCUGGUACCUGGAUUCGCUGGUGACUCCGGACUCCAGCACCAACCUGUACACGGCUGUGGAGCGCUACCAGCCAUGGGACGACCGCUGGGCCUUCGUGGCCUCCCUGCCUCUCACUGACUUCAGCUUCACCCUGUCGCUGGCGCACGACUCCCCCCUGUGUACCACCCUGGGGGACUGCAUAUAUGUGCUGGGCAAUAUCCAGCGCACCGGAGAGAAACUGGUGCUGCGCUAUAGCACCACACAGGACUGUUGGUCUGAGCUGCUGCCCACUCUCACCAGGGCCGAUGCCCACAUACCCAGCCUGUACUUCCUGGGUGCCACAGACCGGCUGAUGGUGAUUGGUGGAAACAACACAGAGACCGUGCUGACCUCCUUCUGUGUGGACGAUCAAAGCUGGGGGCGGGUCCAGGGCAUGGAGAACACGGCUCUGAUAGGUCAGGGCACGGUGCUGGACGGGGAGGUCUUCAUGACGAGCCUGCGCCACGAUGGCCCGGGUAUGCGGAGAUCCAUCAAGAUGGCGGAAGCACACCAGGCCGUGGGCUUCCAGUUCACCGUCACACCUGACGGCAUCGACCUGCACCUGAGCAGGGAGGUGCUCAAGCACAUCUACCUGUCCGGAGUCACCAACUGGAGGAAAAGGGCCAUCAAAUUCAAGAAUGGCGUGCUGAUGGGCGUGUACCCUGCCAGUCCGUCCAGCUGGCUGAUCAUGGUCAUCGCCAUCAUGAGCACCAUGUACACCAGGCUCGACCCCUCACUGGGCAUGAUCAACAAGAUCAAAAACACACUACCUGCCAGUGACUACCUGACGGUGCAGAGCCAGGUGGUGUUGAGCGCGGUGCUGUUCGCCACGGGGCUGUGGCUGGCCCUCAUCCUCCUGCUGCGUUACAGCCUCAAGGCCCUGCUCUCGUACCACGGGUGGAUCUUCGAGUGCCACGGAGCCAAGAGCCUCUCCACCAAAAUCUGGCUGAGACUGGUGACGAUAUUCUCUGGUCGGAGGCCACUGCUCUACAGUUUCCAGAACUCUCUUCCCCGACUACCUGUGCCCAGCGUGGAUGACACCAUCAACAGGUAUUUAGAGUCAGUGCGCCCCCUAAUGGGCGAUGGCCAGUACCAGCAGAUGGAGUCUCUGGCCAAUGACUUCAAGACGCACCCUGCACCCAGACUGCAGAAAUACCUCAAGCUCAAGUCCUGGUGGGCCACCAACUAUGUCAGUGACUGGUGGGAGGAGUAUAUCUACUUAAGGGGGCGCAGCCCUAUCAUGGUCAACAGCAAUUUCUACACUAUGGACCUGAUGUAUGUGACCCCGACACACAGGCAGGGGGCUCGUGCGGGGAACAUAGUCCAUGCGAUGCUGCAGUACCGCCGCAAGCUAGAACGCGGAGAACUCACACCUCUGAGGGCUCUAGGGGUGGUACCCAUGUGUUCCUACCAGUACGAGAGGAUGUUCAACACCACCCGCAUCCCUGGCAUCGAGACAGAUUUCGUGCAGCACCUGAGUGACCGUAAGCACCUGGUGGUCUACCACCGCGGGCGCUUCUUCAAGCUGUGGCUCUACUACGGGGGCCGCCACCUGCUGCCGGCGGAGCUGGAGAUGCAGUUCCAGAGGAUACUCAACGACACCACGCCACCCCAGCAGGGGGAGCUAAAGCUGGCAGCACUCACCGCAGGGAACAGAGUUCCAUGGGCCCGUGCGCGUCUGAGGUACUUCAGCGAGGGUGUGAACAAGGCGUCUCUGGAGGCCAUAGAGACCGCUGCCUUCUUCCUCACCCUGGACGACGAGGCUCAUGGAUACGACCCGGACAAGGCCACGUCCCUCGACCUCUACGCCAAGUCCCUGCUGCAUGGCAAAUGCUACGACAGGUGGUUCGAUAAGUCUUUCAAUCUGAUUGCCUAUAAGAAUGGUAAAAUGGGGGUGAAUGUGGAACAUGCGUGGGCCGACUCGCCUAUAGUCGGACACAUGUGGGAGUAUGUGCUGGCCACAGACUGUUUCCAGCUGGGCUACACUGAAGAGGGACACUGCAAGGGGGACAUUGUCCAGGGGCUGGCCCCUCCCACCAAGCUCCAGUGGGACAUUCCAGUGGCAUGUCAGGAGAUCAUCGAGGACUCGUACCAGCUGGCCAAGCAGAUAGCCGACGACGUGGACUUCCAUGGCUACGUGUUUGAGGAGUUUGGCAAAGGCCUGAUCAAGAAGUGCCGCACCAGCCCCGACGCCUUCAUCCAGAUCGCCCUGCAGCUGGCGCACUUCAGGAAUAAGGGAAGAUUCUGCCUAACGUACGAGUCAUCCAUGACGAGGAUGUUCCGUGAGGGUCGCACGGAGACGGUACGCUCAUGUACUGUAGAGUCCACUGCCUUUGUCAGGGCCAUGGAGAACCCAACACAGAAGAAAGAGGAGCGCUUGGCUCUAUUCCGAAACGCGGCGGAGAAGCAUCAGCAGAUGUACCGUCUGGCCAUGACAGGGGCCGGCAUCGACCGCCACCUCUUCUGCCUCUACAUCAUGUCCAAACUACUGGCCAUAGACUCACCCUUCCUCAAACAGGUGUUGUCUGAGCCCUGGCGUCUCUCCACCAGCCAAACCCCCCAGCAGCAGCUCAACAUGGUGGACCUGCACAAGCACCCCAAAUACGUGGGCCUGGGCGGGGGCUUCGGACCAGUGGCGGAUGAUGGAUAUGGGGUGUCAUACAUCAUCGUUGGGGAGGACCUCGUCACAUUCCACAUCUCCAGCAAGUUCUCCAGCUCUGAGACGGACUCCUAUCGCUUUGGCCAGAACAUCCGGCAGGCCAUGCUGGACAUACGUGACCUCUUUGACCAGAAGGACGGCAAGAAGAAACCGAAGGAGGAGAAGAAAGAGCAGAGGGAGGAGGAGAAGAAGAGUGCGUGACACUGGACUGCAGCCUCUCUGUCAUCACACAACACAUCCUCAAGCUGCUGAAUUGAAAAAGAACAAAACUCUUUUAACGCUGA